AUGAUGGUGGCGAAGCUUUUAUUGUACUUGAACGUUCUUUGGUUGACGAUGGCCCUCGAGGAUCAGGACGUGUGCCCGAAGAAUCGGAGCUUGUUCGAGAUACCUGGAGACGCUGUUCUGUCUUUAUUCCUGGACAUAAAUCACGGGCCAUAUUGCAAUAUCACGUCCACGAAGGGCCUUCAGGAAGCUUCCACGGCGUUUUACGUGGUCCACGCAUUGAACAAAUACGAGUUCGUGCCUGAACUGUCGAUAGGCAUAAAAGUGUACGACACCUGCCGCGACGAGAUGACGGUGUACAAACAAGCCCUGCAAGCGGCGGUGGACACCGACUGCGUGGACAAUUACGAUCUGGGAAUUCUAUUGGACUCGGGAUACGCUGCGAUCCUGGAGCCAUUUCGUAACUACAGUGUUCUGCCGAUCACCACGUACAAAGAGCAGAAUCUAACGAGGCCGUUGAUCAACCUGAUGGUCCACUACUUGACCACCAGAUUCGAGACCAUCGAUCUUCUGUUAGUCGACUCGGAUUUCCCGUUGAAUCUGUUCCUGGACACGACGAAAGAGGCCGGUCUGUGCGUGAAAAGAUACUCGAGUAACGUGGAACUCGAUGAAAACGAUACAGAGGCGGUGGUCGCUGUCAUCGGAGGCAGGAACGAGAUUCGACAGUGGAUCGAGAAGGGGGAGAAGCUACAAGGUCCGAAGAAAACGUGGAUCGUUCUGCCGAUCGGUGGAUCGAACGUCGAUGAUCUGAUCCCAUCGGGAUCGUACGUGAUCAGGACACCAUCGUUCGAUUCGAACCUGCUGCAGGAAAUCUCCUCGACGGACGAUUUCCUCGAGGCAGCUGGCGAAACCGUGAUCCACUCGUCCCAUCUUCUUGGCGUGGGAAAGGCGAUCGUCGAAGUGGCUCAGGUGCUUCAGGAUCUUCAGAAACGUAACUGUCCUCGUGCGAUGGAGCAACAACAAUGCGUGAUGCCCCGUUUCAAUCCGAAUUCGGGACACGAGAUCCGUAACAACAACGAGGUGUACCACGCUCUACGGAUAUUGCCGAAAUUGCACUCAAUUAAGUACAUCGCCGCGAUGAAGAGCCAGCAAGAGCUGGUCGACAUCGCUACGUACAGGGUGGAACCGUCGAACGUGAAGUUCCGGGUCAUUCCAGAGUCCAGAGUGCCAAAGAUGCCAAAACUCUGUUUGAAGAAGUACGCGAAGAACUGCGAGAGUUGCUUGAACUUCAAGAAGAGAUUCGGCCCCCGUGGUGUCACCAAAGAUACACUCGACAGAGGUUUAUUGAAGUCGGGCAGCUGGAUACCGAUUUUCCUGACGGUGGUGGUGUGCGGCACGUUCGCCUGCGGCGUGAUUGCCGCCUUUAUUAUCUACCGUUUCCUCGUCGAGGACGUUCUCGACGGGAAUCCCGCGUUGACGAUCGUCCUGAUACUGGCGGACGUUUUCACGUUGCUGACCGUGCUACCAUUUUGCAUGAACGACGGACAUGUGGGCGCGGAAGCAUUGAACGCGAGGAAAAUCCUCGUGGUAACGCUCGCGUUCGGCGUCGAUUUCUCGGUGAUGCUGUCCAGGGCGUUCUUUCUGGUGUUCUCGAAAGGUGGCGUGUUCACCGCCCAUAUCAACGGAUACCUGCAGGGUCUGAUGGUGUUCUUCAUGUUCGGCGUGCAGAUCGCCAUUUCGAUCAUGUACUUCGUGCUCGGUGGAGAAGAUUCGGCUGUGAUCGUCAGAAGCCUCGUGUUCAUCGGUCUUCUCGGUUACGAUAUAUUUCUGCUGGUGACGCUGUUCGUGGUGUGCUUCUUCAUCGCCCAACUGCCGCGGAAUUAUCGCGAAGGAAAGUGUUUCUUCGGGACCUCCAUCGGCCUGCUGAUCACCUGGGCGAUAUGGCUCACGUGUUUCAUUCUUGUGGAGCCCGAGUGCCGGGACAUGGUCGUGUGUUUCGGUAUAAUAGGCACCGCGUACCUGAUCAUCAUCGGUGUACUGAUACCGAGGACAUAUUACAUGGUCACUCACCUGGCCAGGGGAAAGGAGUUCAGCCAGCGAUUCGGAUCGAUGGACCUGACAGCCGAUCCGAGGAUAAAUACUAUUACGCGACAGAGUCGUCCGUUUUACGAUUACGUGCACACAGGCGUAGGGAGCACGACGAAUCUGCACGUGGCCUCGUCAGCGUACCCGAACUACUACGGUAGCUCUAGCCCGAAUCAGAAGUACCUGAGCCACUGCAGAAGCCCCGAUUCGAGAAGGAAUCCCGGAUACAAUAACUACGGAUUCCACACGGAGAUGCGAGAAGUGAAUAACUCUUACACGAUACCGCAAGUCUGCAUCGAGAAUGCGGACUCAAGGACCAACACAGUGGAGAGGAGCACCGUGAACUCGGCUUACGCGCGGCCCAAGUGCCAUCGGAAACGCAGAUCGAAAGACGAAAAAUCCCGCAUCGAGACGGACGUGUACGCCGAGGGCAACCUGGCCGGGGCUAAUCCGCGUAACCACGACGAGAUCUAUCCAAUCCGUUCGUCCAGCCCGAGAAUGGCGCAGAUGGAGGCGACGAUCCGCGAGGAGGACGAGGAGGACGAACCGACCAGGAUAACGCGAUUCUGAGAUCCUGGAAC